CCGAGGAGCAGCCAGUCCCUCCGCAAGAGCUACGAGGCUUCCUGCGUCUGUGUUUUGGGAUCCACAGCUGCUGACCCGAUCGCUCGGCUCCUCGCUCGACGAAGCCCGCACUCCGGCGCCAUGGCUCCCAGAAAGGGCAGCAGCCGCGGGACCAAGUCAAACACGCUGCGGAGCCGGAAGCUCGCCUCCUUCCUGAAGGACUUCGACCGCGAGGUGCAAAUUCGAGCCAAGCAAAUUGAAUCCGACAGACAGAACCUUCUCAAGGAGGUGGAGAACCUGUACAACAUCGAGGUCCUUCGACUCCCUAAGGCCCUGCGAGAAAUGAACUGGCUUGACUACUUUGCUCUUGGCGGAAACAAACAGGCCCUGGAAGAGGCAGCAACAGCUGAUGUUGACAUCACAGAAAUAAACAAGUUAACAGCUGAAGCUAUUCAGACACCUUUGAAAUCUGUCAAAAAGCGAAAAGUAAUCCAGGUGGAUGAAGUGAUAGAGGAGGAGGAAGAAGGAGGAACGAGCCAUAAGAAUCUUCGAUCUUCAAGAGUCAAAAGAUGCCCUCCAUCCAAGAAGAGAAACCAGUCCAUACAAGGAAGAAGCAGAAGCAAAAGGUUAAGCCGUGACUUUGUGACACCAGCGUUGAGCAGGCUGGAGCCAUCUAUGGUGAAACCAACCCCAGGCAUGACACCUAGGUUUGAUUCCAGUGUCUUCAAAACCCCAGGCCUUCGCACUCCAGCAGCCAGAGAGCAGGUUUACAACGUCUCCGUCAAUGGCAGCCCUCUUGCUGAUAGCAAAGAGAUCUCCCUCACUGUGCCCGUGGGUGGUGGUGCGAGCUUGCGGUUAUUGGCCAGUGACUUGCAGAAGGUUGAUAUUGCUCAGCUGAAUCCAGAGGCCCUUGGAAACAUCAAGAAGCUCUCGAGCCGUCUUGCCCAGAUCUGCAGCAGCAUACGGACUGGCAAAUGAGAAGAUGACAGAGCAGCGCACAUGGCAGCAGAGACUGUGGUAGCAGAACGUUCACAUCUGUCCCUUCCCCUUGUUCUGUGUUGUGCUGGAUGGAGCCCUAGAGUUCACCUGCUGACACAUGCAGCAGGGCUUUCUGUCUCUCCGACAGCUCGGGUGUCUUGCUGCACACCUCUGGCUAGCAGGGAUUAGAUAGGGAACAGGCACAAAGGCCGUGUGUGCCUAGUGCCAAGUGACUGUGAGCUGACUGUACACCGCUUGGAGUGUUUUCCUGGAGGCCAGUGUGACUUGUGCCCGGGGCACAGGCAGGCUGUGCAGUCAGCAGUGGGGUCCAUCUCUCCUCAUUACCUCUGUUAUUUCAGUUCUCUAUUGGCACAAGUCUUUUGAGGUCUUUUUCUUUUGCUGGCUUUCAUACAUAUGAUUUUCUGAGCAGUCAUAUCUCAGCUGAUUUUCUUGCUGAAAGAUUGCUGUUCCCAAUAAAUUGUGGUUUGCUUUGGUUUUUAA